AUGACUUCACCAUUCUGGCAUACACAGCACGGCGUGAACUCGCCAAUAUGGCAGACUGAACCGACACGUCGUCGUGAUUCCCCGACGGGCAGCUCUCAGCUUCGACGUACAAACACGCCCAGUCGUCGUCGCACAAGAGUUGAGACUCAGUGCCGCCCUCCAGUUUCCAGUAGCAGCAGGCCUUCCUUAAACUCAAGAUACACCUCGCCAGAAGAUGAGUCGAAAACAACUGCAUCUUCUACGCUGCCUUCGCGCUCUAGUAGAUCGCCAAGGCGCGUCUACAGCUCAUCAUCGCAGCCCUAUGACCAGUGCCGCAGUCCCGUCAUGACCCUCAGGAUAUUGUCGCCAAGCCGACAUAGCGCACGGGACGAAAAGAGCCAGAGUGACCAUAAGGCUCGCCCUGUCCAGCAAUCCCCGGAAUCGCCUCCUGGUGCGUCUCAUGCUACGGGACGAAUGGCGGAUAACAAGUUGACGUCCCCCAAACGGCGACGGCAUCAGCUGAGAGAUUCUAUCCUGUUGAAACGCAGGGACUCACCCGACUCCUCAAAGCCGCCUGUUGCGGCAUCAGCAAACACAUCCAAAAGACUCCCGGAAACGCCUGAAGAGCGGACUGAGUCCUCUUGGCUUGGAAGCUUGCCUGCCGCACCAGUAACUCCUUCAAAGUCGAGGUUGAGGGGUUUCCCCAAGCUUGCAGCUUUCUCUCGAGACCCAAAGCCAGCUAGGUUACCCGAUAAUGAAACUGGACCGUCGCCUCACAGAGAUGAACCAGAAGCCGUCAAGAAGCAAGCUGGCUCCUCGGUCGAUAUUCCUCACAAUCCUAGCGGCCACCUGGUUUCUCGGAUUUGCACUAUGAUCCUGGAUGAAGACGUCAGUAUCGGUGGCGCCAACGUCGACAGAUCGUCCCUUGCGCUCAAGGUCUGGGACGCGGUAGUGAAGUGCUUAGACGACAUAUCCCAGGCUCCUCCUCACGAACCUGCCGGCAAACCUCAAUUUGAUAGUCCGACUACUGGUAAGGAUUCUCCUGCGUCGACGUUUACAGCUUCGAGUACUAGGAAUCCAUGGCCAUUGGAAGCAUGGGGAUAUAGGCAUGGCUAUAGGACCGGAAGCGAUGGCGAAGGUCGGCGCGCUGGUGAAGUUCGGAAAGAGAAGGGAGGAGAGAAGAAGCCCGAGCUCUUGCCUCUGUCCACACCAGCUGAACAAUGGAGUGACGGUAAUAGUCAUACUCCAGCGCCGCCUCUACCUCUGCCUUGUCCAUUUAGGACUCGCAAUCCCGCACGUUUUAAUGUGAACGACAGUUGGCAUUGUGCUCAAGGACAAUGGACUAAUCUCUCCGAACUGCAGCAACAUAUUGCAAAACACCACCGACAUCCUAACGAGGCUUACUUGUUCCAGUGCCCCCGUUGCGACAAAGGGUUCUCGGAGCCUAAAGCCUUUAAAGACCACCUCAUGCUUCCAAGAGAGCAAAUGUGCGAUCCUAGGUCUGAGGGUACUGCUACCAGCAAUGACCCAGAAGACGGCAUUACCGCUGGAAGGGCGAGAGCCCUUUCUGAAGGUGUAGAGCGUGGCAAGAUUGGCUCAUGGGACGACUUAUGGAAAUGCCUUUUUCCUACAGACAGGAUGGUCCCUCGGCCAGCUAUUCUACCCGCCAUUGAACUGGCUCAGGUUGAGCAAGAGGUGUUUGCCAGCAACAACAUGUCAAGCCUCAAGGCUAAUCUUGAGGAGCGCCUGAAGUUUCUUGCCUCGCAAUCCUCCAACAGUGAAAUGUUCAUGGCACAGAUGCCAGUAAUCACCGGGUCUAUAUCACUCGUCGUCGAGGCUCACCUUAGGAGCGUCUUCAUCAAUUGCCGUAGUCAAACCCCUGCGCGCAUACCCCGAUUGCGGUCGACUUCCCUUCAGGCGCAACGUCCGGUGAAUAAUCGGCCGAGAAACCUCUCAUGGGCGUCCUCGGCGGGAAUUAGGAACAUUGAGAAAUCAGACCAUCCUCGGCCAGCUACCGCUGCGAACGACACCAAAGCUCUCGCACGAGGAACACCUCGCCCUUACAUGCACAACAGACGAAGCCACAGCGAUGGCGCGUCACAAGUGAAGGCCCUCCGAGCUGCGACCCUGCCUGCUCCCUCGACGCUCACCAUCCCCUUCCCCCGAAUAUCAGUCUUGACCGAGCAAUCAGACUUGCCUCCCUCCAAUACCUCAGAGAAAAGCAACACAUCACCAAAGCAUCACUCAUCGGAUGCAGAGUAUUCUUCUGGAGUUGAAUCCAACCCGACUAGCGCAGGCGGGCUUCGUGACUCGAAUAAUACCGAUAUCCGUUGCAGCAAAUGCAACAUAAGGCCGAGCCUGCGCCCGGAUGAAGAGGUCUUUCACGGACCCCACACCAGUGUGUCCUCGACCCAAGGGACACAAGGCUCGAGCUGCAGGUUUUCAGACUCGGGGAUUGGUAUCCUGUGCCGCAAUUGCAGGAUGCUCGAGGAGUUGAUCAACUCGUACUCGCGGACUUCAUCACAGUCGGCGAAAUCUGACCAACGGGCCCCUGGGGGCCCGGGACCGCCAGAGGUAAGAGCAAAGAAGAUGGUACUACCCUUCUCACCGAAUCCUUCGGACUCUCUGGACGAGAAUGAUGAGGAGACGCUGUUUGAUUUGAUUCUCGACUCUGCGACGUAUGUUGACGAUGAUGGGCAGCGGAAGACGCACCCUGUUUCGCCCAUGUUUCCUCCGCCAAGGCAAGAUUUACCGCAGUCCCCUCUUGGGAAGUAUGAUCGGUAUAGAAAUGAUGGGAAUUUCUUUUAA